UAAAACCUACAUUUGACUUCCAGACUCAUUGCGCCAGUCGUUGUCAAAGAAAUCUUCCGCUUAGUCAAGUGACGCCAUUGUGAGCCGUAACGACUUUAAGCUGCAACGAGUUUAAUCUCGAUUUUCUUUAACAAUCUUGAAUUAAAGUAAAAAUCCAUAAAAAUGGCAGAUGAUAUGCCCACAUUCAAAUGCGUGCUGGUUGGUGAUGGUGGUACCGGCAAAACAACAUUCGUCAAAAGACAUUUGACUGGAGAGUUCGAGAAAAAAUACGUUGCAACACUCGGUGUCGAAGUGCACCCCUUGGUCUUCCACACAAAUCGUGGUCCUAUCAGAUUUAACGUAUGGGAUACAGCUGGCCAAGAGAAAUUUGGAGGAUUAAGAGAUGGCUACUAUAUUCAAGGCCAAUGUGCCAUCAUCAUGUUCGACGUAACCUCCCGUGUCACUUACAAAAACGUACCAAAUUGGCAUAGAGACUUAGUUCGAGUAUGUGAAGGCAUUCCUAUUGUUUUGUGUGGUAACAAAGUAGAUAUCAAGGACAGGAAAGUCAAAGCAAAAACAAUUGUUUUCCACCGGAAAAAGAACUUACAGUACUAUGACAUCUCUGCAAAGUCUAACUACAACUUCGAAAAGCCCUUCCUGUGGUUAGCAAGGAAACUGAUUGGUGAUGGCAACUUGGAGUUUGUUGCGAUGCCUGCUCUCUUGCCUCCAGAAGUCACAAUGGACCCACAAUGGCAGAACCAAAUCGAAAAGGAUCUCAAAGAAGCCCAAGACACUGCGCUGCCGGAGGAAGAUGAAGACUUGUAAAUACAGCAAUAAAUAGCUAAUGCUAAAUUUCAGUGCUAUACUACGUUGAUUGUGCAAUUUUGUACACCAAUGUAUCAAUUUAAAUUUCAUUCCAUAAUUUCAAGUGCUCC